UGUCAGUUUGCAUGGGGAAAGUUUUUCUAAACCUGCUAGGAUGUGGAAGCUACUAAUCUUUAGAUGGUCUUGAAAUAGUGUCAAGUUGACCACACUUUCAAACAGAAUCGGGAGAAAAAAAGAGACAAAACCGAAAUAACGUCAUGAAGGCAUGGACAUUAGUUACCAUCCUUCUUUGCAGAUUACAAACACUUUUGAAGGAGAUCACCACUGGUCAUGUUAAGAUUUACUCUUGCUUGCUUAUUCCUCUUGGCCGCCUCGCUGGAAGCAAGAAAAGUUACAGAAGCUUACUUACAUCAUGGAAAGAUUGUCAAAAUAACAAAAGAAGUGGAAGAUGAGCCAGAAACCUUAGAGAAGCGUGAUGCUAAUCCUUGUGGUUAUGGAUGUCCGGCCUUGUGUGCUCCUACGUGCAACCCAUCCUGUUGUGCUCCCCCUCCGCCGCCACCACCACCGCCGCCUCCACCUCCACCCCCCUGCCCAGUACCUUGCCCCAUGCCAGGGCCCCCUGGACAACCCGGAUGCAUGGGGCCACCCGGAAUUCCCGGAUGUCGAGGAUUUCCUGGUCUUCCCGGAUGCAUGGGACCUAUGGGACCAAUGGGACCUCCUGGUUCACCUGGAUGCCCCGGUUUGCCCGCUCCACCACCGCCACAAUGUCCACCCAUCUGCAUCCAUUAUUGCAUGAGAAUCUGUCCACAGCAGUGCUGCACAGCUCCACCUCCACCAAUUAUGCUACCCCCACAACCAAUGCCAAUCUGUGCACCUUCAUGGGCACCAGCAUGUUGUAGGGGCAAAGUAAAAAAAUCUUAAAAUUGGCAGGUCAGAAGGACGAAGAAUAGCGAUACUGGGACACUUUCAAGUGCAGUUUAUAAACCAAAUAAAUAAAAACAUUUUCACCUUGGUCCUAGGGAUAGUGGGCACUGAGCAGAUGCUCAGGAAAGAGACAGCACGAACACACUUUUAUACAUGACAGCUAGUUUAACAAAACGCCGUAGAAAAAUAAAGAUAUAUUUUAGUUA